AUGUCAUACCUGUCGGCGCCGACGAGUCAAGGUAGCCCAGAACCUUUUUUACCCUUUGAACUCGGGACGUCUGAACUGACAUUCCAGCUCAAACAGUGCGAUGAAGAUAAGCCGUUCUGCAAGACAUGCGUCCGGCUUGGGCUGACAUGCGAUGGCUAUGGAUAUAUCGUGAGGUACCGAUUCACUCGGCCGACCGUGGUGGAAUCUUCAUCCCAUGGUUCGUUUAACAGCAUCGAAUGGGCACCCGUCGCAAUCUCUUGUAUCAACAUAGAUGAUAUGGAUGUCUCCGAUAGCGCAUCCGUGCAGGAAGAUAGCACAUUUUCGCGAUCACCAGAGUCGAUAAAAGAAACAGAAAAUGAUACCAUGGAAUCAUCUAGUCAAGAGGUAUCACCAAGCGCUCUACUGAAUGAAGAUAUGAAAGCCUUGGCUGGCGAAGAAGAUCUCAAUUUCGAUACCUCUGAUGCUCGUACACUCGAGGAAUUUUAUUUUACCCAGUGGAAGACUUGCGUCAUUCCGAUUCUACCCCCGGUCUUUGCUGAUUUGACUGUCACCAUUCCUGAAUUUCUACCCUUCAGAUAUGCUGUCCUUGCAGUAUCAGCUUGUCAUCUCGCCCAUAUUGGAGCCUCGGUAUGUUUCGGUGAUAACGGGAGGUACAUUCCAGAGAGGACCCAUCGUUAUCGUGGCCUUCAGUACUACGGAAAAGGAAUCCGGGAGCUGGCGGCUUACGUGAAUGGGAUUCCUGAUGAGGCUCUCGACCACCUGGUAGCCACCUCCCUUCUUUUUUAUUACAUCGAAAUCGAUGUAGGAUCGAUCGCCGGCGCAGUUGGGCAGAUGGAGUCGAUUAACCGCCUGCAUUGCUCUGCCCAACUUUAUGUGAAGCAAGGGUCAAUAAAACUCAACCCGAAGCUCCUCGCGACAUGGAAAAGCUCAAGAUCUUUAUCAGUCAACAAACAGCUCACCAUUGGGUCCGAUCGAACACGGCCUCUUGUUGGGAUUCAACCUCCAGAUCCUGAUUCAGUAGAAAAAGGCGCGACCUCAUACGAUCGUAUCAUAGAGUUGAUUGUUCAGUCUUAUUCCACGAUCAGGACAAUAACCGUGGACUUUUUCGUGUGCCGCGGAACUAGCCUAGCGACUGAGGAGCAGCGUCAACUUGCAUUUGGAGCUCUGGUCAAGCAUAUUUCAUCCCCUGAUAGUCAAAGUGACUCACCACCUCAAUCCAAUAUCGAAAAGUAUUCAAGGGCUGUCGAGCAACAACGCAAAAGUCUGGACGAGUGGCAUACGCGUCUCGAUCUUUCAGAACUUCCACUCGAGUCGUUCACUUCUGCAUCUACUCAGCCGGUUCGGGAAAUAGAUGGUCAAUUGGAAGUCCAGCCUCUCAAGUUCCGAACGUUCGAGGCUGCCAUGAACUACGCGUACUAUGCCACAGCACAGGCUUGCAGUUCUCAACAAAUGUUCGAUCGUUUGACACAGUCCAAUGAAGUCAAUGUCGACUCCUUUAAGCGAGAGAACUUCCCCUGGGAGUGUUUGAUGCUCCGGAUCGCUUGCGGCCUUGAUCUGGAAGAUUGCCUAUAUAAACAUACCUAUGACAUUGGAAUCCUCUCCCUGUUGAUUUGCUGCGCAUCUUCCUGUCCACAUCUUGGAGUGGCGACUUGGAUUUAUGACUGGAUGGGAAAUCUUGGAAAGUAUGGUAUGGCGGUUGAAGACGGAAUGCCACUGCCAAUGGUCAUGCGGGUGAUGCGUCUGAUCAUAGCGAUGAAAAGAGAUGGCCAUGAUGGAUAUAGGAUCGCCAUGAUGGACAGUGACAUUAAAGAGAAGGUGGAAUUUUAUCAGAGCAAUCAGGAAUUUCUCGUGGCGAUUUGUGCGAAGGAUCGAGAGAAAGGGAUAAUGUAUAAUAAUGUCGUUCAGUUGCCUAAGUAG